AGGGCUGGCUGUUACAACUUUAUUGGCAGAUGUUCUUAACAAAAACAUGGGCUGACAGCCUGGGCCAGCAGCUGUUUCUCACAAAAGAAAUGCAACAAAUUCAGAGGCUUGAAAUAAAGUAUUUGUGUUUAAGGACUGUAGGAUUUUCUCACAUAUAUGCAUAUAUGUCCAAAAGAAAGCCUGACAAUCCAGGUAAACUGAAGAGGAACUGUAGGCAUUGUCAUUAAUAGAAGUCAUUAAGCACAGGUUGGAGUAUUCAGAAUUAUGAAAAGAAAAUCACUGUACUCUUGAAAUUCUUCAACUAGUGUUGUCAAAAAUGUGUCAUUUUACACAGGCUCACAGAAAGCUCUCGUGGUUUGAAGGCAUUCAGAGCCCCUGGAGUUCUAUGCAUGUUGAAUUCUUUCUAACUCUAUCCCUUUGUUAAACAAAGUAUCACUUUUCCUUACAAACCUCCCUCUGCAUUGUGUCAGAGAGUAGCAUUAGGGAAAACAGAGCAGCUGGAUGCCUGUGUCAGGAAUAGAGCAGCCAGCAGGAGCAGGGAGGUGAUCUAAACUCCGUGCUUGGCACUGGUGAGGCUGCACCUCGAAUGCUGUGUUCAGUUUUGGGUCCCUCACUGCAAGAAGCAUAUCAAGGCCCUGGAGUGUGUCCAGAGAUGGGCAACAAAGCUGUGAGGGAUCUGGGGCACAAGUCUUAUGGGGAGCAGCUGAGGGAGCUGCGAUUGUUCAGUCUGGAGGAGGUUCAGGGGAGACCUGAUCGCUCUUUACAGCUGCCUGAAAGGAGGCUGUGGUGAGGUGGGGGUUGGCCUCUGCUCCCAAGUAACAGCAAUAGGAUGAGGGGGAACGGCCUCAGGUUGUGGCAUUGAUGGAUGUGGUCAGUGGGCAUGGCAGGGAUGGGCUGGUGCUUGCACUAGGUGAUCUUGGCGGUCUGUCCAAUGUUAGUGAUUCUGUGAUUCCGGCAGGAAAUUCUUCCACUAAACUGGUUCUGUUGUCCACUUCCCCAAGGAUAAAUUUCAUCCUGAAAUCUUUAUUGAAUGUUCAACAGGCACGUAAGAGGUGGUUUGCUUUAGACUGCCUGGUCUGUCUUAGCAAAUGUUGACAUCUGGCAACAAUGUCAAAAUCAUAUAAGGUAGAAUCUAGUGAUCAGAAUUGGGUAUAUCUGCACUUACAGUUACGAGCAGUAAAGUGACUCAAUGUAAAUGAGGAAGGAGGGGAAGUCCUGGAGAACCAGUCCCGGAUACACAACACAAAAAAGUAUUGCUAUGUUAACAGACAUAGUUAACAGACAGACAAAGUCCUAAAGGCAACAUCUGACAGGAAGUGCAGUGUGAUGGAACUGCGGUGUGAUGGUGCCGCACGAGGAGCCCACUGACGGGAACUCACAUUCUCAGAAGGGAACCGACGCCAACUGCCCUCGGCAGCCAGGCUCCUCAGGCCCUCUUCCAGGCUGCGGUCAGGACUGCUGAGCCUACAGAGGUCCUAGCAAAGACGAGCGCUUCGAUACCGGCUGCUGAAGGGAAAAUCCCCUUCCAGCGCGAGAUCCCCGCCAGCCCGGCACUCCCGGGCGCCGGGUGAGCCCGGCAACAUGGCAGCCCGGGAACGCAGCGAGGCGGCGAGGCGCAUGCGCACGGCACCCCUCCCGGGGGGGGGGGAGCACGGCGGCGUCAUGACGUCAGACGCGGUCCCCGGCAACGGUCGCACGUCGGCGGGCGCCGGCAACCCGGAAGCGGCGAGCGAAUAGGGACGGAGCGGCGCGGAGGAGACUGGCAGAAAAGUAGUCCCGCAGGCGGCGCGGCACUCGGUGGAGGAGCGGGCGGCGCUCGGCGGAGCAGGAGAGGGUCUCGUCCCGCUUGGCGCGCUCGGAUCGCACGGCGACGGCGGCAGAGAUGGCGGCGGACAAGGCUGCGGACCAAGGUGCUGAGAAGCAUGAUGGAGCGGGUACUUCAGGGAUCACUGAUCAGGAGAAGGAGCUGUCGAGCAGUGCAUUGCAAGCCUUUCUGGCUGGAAAUUAUGAUGCCUGUUUGCAACACUUAAAUAACCUUCAAGACAUAAACAAAGAUGACUACAAAAUAACUUUGAAUACUGCAGUUGCGGAGUUCUGUAAAAGUAACCAGACCACAACAGACAAUUUGAGACAAACCCUGAACCAGCUGAAGAACCAGGUUCACUCUGCUGUAGAAGAAAUGGAUGGUUUAGAUGAUGUUGAGAACAGUAUGCUUUACUACAAUCAAGCUGUUAUUUUGUAUCAUCUGCGUCAGUAUACUGAAGCUAUAUCAGUUGGAGAGAAGCUGUACCAGUUUAUAGAGCCUUUCGAAGAGAAGUUUGCCCAGGCUGUGUGCUUCUUGCUUGUGGAUUUGUACCUGCUGACUUACCAGGCUGAGAAGGCCUUGCAUCUCCUUGCUGUUCUGGAAAAAAUGAUUUCACAGGGCAACAAUAACAGCAAGAAUGGGAAAAAUGAGUCAGGUAAUAAUACAAAUAAAGAUUCCUCCAAUCAAAAAGCUGAAAGUGGAGCUUUAAUAGAAGUUGCUAAAUCUAAGAUACAUCAGUAUAAGGUGAGAGCCUAUAUCCAGAUGAAGUCACUAAAAGCAUGCAAAAGGGAGAUCAAGUCUGUUAUGAAUACAGCUGGAAAUUCAGCUCCUUCUCUCUUUCUUAAGAGCAAUUUUGAAUAUUUGAGGGGCAAUUACCGUAAAGCGGUCAAACUUUUAAACAGUGCAAACAUUGCUGAACAUCCAGGCUUCAUGAAAACAGGUGAAUGCUUACGGUGCAUGUUUUGGAACAAUCUUGGCUGCAUCCACUUUGCAAUGGGAAAGCACAAUUUAGGAAUUUUUUACUUCAAAAAAGCCUUACAAGAAAACGAUAACGCAUGUGCACAGCUAGGAACAGGUAGCUCAGAUCCAGGUAAGAAAUUUUCAGGGAGACCCAUGUGUACACUGCUGACUAACAAACGGUACGAGUUGCUCUACAAUUGUGGAAUUCAGCUCCUGCACAUUGGGAGGCCCUUAGCUGCCUUUGAAUGCCUGAUUGAGGCCGUCCAGGUUUAUCACUCGAACCCUCGUCUUUGGCUGAGAAUAGCAGAAUGUUGCAUUGCUGCCAAUAAAGGGACAUCAGAACAAGAGACUAAAGGUCUUCCCAGCAAGAAGGGGAUUGUGCAAUCUAUAGUAGGUCAAGGCUACCACCGCAAAAUAGUCCUAGCAUCCCAGUCAAUACAGAACGUUGUUUAUAAUGAUGGGCAGUCCUCAGCAAUACCUGUAGCCAGCAUGGAGUUUGCAGCCAUUUGUCUAAGAAAUGCCUUGCUGUUACUUCCAGAAGACCAGCAGGAGCCAAAGCAGGAAAAUGGAUCUAAACCUAAUAAUCAGCUGGGGGGAAAUACAGAAAACAGUGAAAGCAGUGAAGCAUGCAGCAAUAAAAGUCACGAAGGGGAUAAAUUCAUUGCAGCUCCACCUUCUUCGCCUCUGAAGAAACAGGAAUUAGAAAACUUAAGGUGCUCAAUACUUGCCUGUAGUGCUUAUGUGGCUCUGGCUCUGGGAGAUAACCUUAUGGCACUGAAUCAUGCAGAUAAGCUCCUCCAGCAACCAAAGCUGUCAGGGUCUCUGAAGUUUCUUGGGCAUCUGUAUGCAGCAGAAGCUCUCAUCUCUCUUGACCGAAUAUCUGAUGCCAUCACUCACUUGAACCCUGAGAACGUCACUGAUGUUUCCCUUGGGAUCUCCUCAAAUGAGCAGGAUCAAGGGUCUGACAAAGGAGAGAAUGAGGCGAUGGAGUCUUCUGGCAAGCAGACCCCCCAGUGUUAUCCCAGCUCAGUCACAUCUGCACGGACAAUGAUGCUGUUUAACCUUGGAAGCGCUUACUGCUUGCGGAGUGAAUACGACAAAGCUCGGAAGUGUCUCCACCAGGCUGCUUCGCUGAUCCACCCCAAGGAGAUCCCUCCGGAGGCUAUCCUGCUGGCCGUCUAUCUGGAGUUACAGAAUGGUAACACUCAGCUGGCGUUGCAGAUCAUCAAGAGAAACCAGCUUCUCCCUUCAGUGAAAACGCUCUCAGACAUGCGGAAGAAGCCCGUUUUCCAGCCAGUCCACUCGCUCCAGCCCAUUCAGAUGCCGACUUUCACCGCUGUGCAGAGGAAGUGAGGGUCUGUUGAGCUCGCUGCUGCCCUUCCUGGGAGGGCUGGGGAUUUUGUAUAUUUUUUUAACCUCGGACAUCUGCAUACCCGGAUUGCUGGAGUGUGUUCCUUUAUGUAAAUUUUUAAUAAAACACUUAAAUGUCUCCA